CCCCUUUCCUGCGGUGGUCACGUGAUUUCUGACGUAUGCCACAACAGUUGGUAUCCAGUAGUCUGCUUCCAGUGUCACAUCAGUAGCUAGCUGGUCCAAAAAAAAAAAAAUGGAUUUUAACGUGAAGAAAUUAGCCUCCGGUGCCGGACUGUUUUUCACACGAGCCGUCCAGUUCACAGAAGAGAAGUUGGGACAGGCGGAGAAGACUGAGCUGGACGCUCACUUUGAGAACCUGAUGAGCCGUGCAGACUGCACCAAAAACUGGACUGAGAAAAUCUACAGACAAACGGAGGUCCUACUGCAGCCCAACCCAAUUGAUCACACUGGUGCCAGAAUUGAGGAGUUUCUCUAUGAGAAGUUGGACAGGAAGGCACCGUCCAGAAUUACCAAUGGAGAGCUGCUGGGUCAAUAUAUGCAGGAUGCAGCAAAGGAAUUUGGUUCUCCAUAUGGGAGCACUCUGAUCAAGGUGGGGGAAUGUGAGAGGAGAUUAGGAGCAGCAGAGAGGGAGUUCCUCCAGACAUCAGCCAUCAGCUUCCUGACCCCCCUGAGGAACUUCCUGGAAGGAGACUGGAAGACCAUUUCAAAAGAGCGACGUCUGCUGGAGAAUCUUCGCCUGGACCUGGACGCUUGUAAAACACGUCUGAAGAAGGCCAAGUUGGCUGAGGCAAAAGCUGCGUGCGAGGGUGAAAUGGCUCCAGAUUUUCAGGAAACCAGACCCCGCAACUACGUGCUGUCUGCCAGUGCCUCUGCGCUGUGGAGUGAGGAAGUGGAAAAAGCUGAACAUGAGCUGCGAGUGGCACAAACAGAGUUUGAUCGCCAAGCAGAAGUCACACGGCUACUUCUGGAGGGCAUCAGCAGUACACAUGUGAAUCACCUGCGCUGUCUGCACGAGUUUGUGGAAGCCCAGGCAGCCUUUUAUAAGCAGUGUCACCUCCAUAUGCAAGAACUUCAGAAAGAUUUGGGCAGGCUUCCCAAUGCUUUUGCUCUGAAUUCCACUCACUCCAUGGCUGCUGCUGGCUCUUCAGCAGAAGGCGUCAGCAGCCCUGUGGAGACAGACACGCUGAAGAUUGAGGAAGUUCAGGCGCCAGCUACAGGAACCCGCAAGGCCAAAGUCCUGUACGACUACGAUGCUGCUGACUCCAGUGAGCUCUCCCUUCUUGCUGAUGAGCUGAUCACAGUCUACACGCUGCCUGGGAUGGACUCUGAUUGGCUGAUUGGAGAGAGAGGGAACCAGAAAGGAAAAGUGCCGGUCACAUAUCUGGAGCUCCUCAGCUAAGGAACAUACACACACAUCUGUACAGCUAUCUUUGUGGGGACCUUUAAUUGACAUUUUGUAUUCCCUUAACCAUCACAAUUUAAUGCAUAACCUCACCCUCAAACAACCCUUCAUAUUUGCGGGAUCCAGCACAAAGCACCACAGACUCCGCACGUAUAGUACGCCCCUGGUUUUCAGACCCCGCAAAAAUAGUCACACAUACACACACACACACACACACACACACACACACACACACACACACAGAGGUACUACUAAAGCCAUGAGGACAUUUACUUACAUUGAUUUCUUACACUAACCUGUAACCUCCUUCACUCCUCACACACACUUGUCCAUAAUAACGCAGAAUCAUGGAGUCAUCAGUGAUAAUGGAGAUACUGUUACAGUGAAUACAGGAUUGGGAACGUCCUUUUUAGAUUUGUUUUGUGAUUUUUUUCCUAUUUAUUUUUCAUUUAUUGUUGUUAAUCCCAAAGGUUCAGUUCGACCAAACUGUGACUCACUGUCAUCAGAUUUUCAACCAAAUCAUAUUGUUGAUUUGUUUUUUAAAAGAAGUGUCUUUACUGUCUGAUAGAGCUGCCUUUGUUCAUCGGGAACACGUUUAAGAGGACAGAAAUACUCUGUUAUUUCUGUUUGAUUCUGUUUAGAGGUUUGAGAUGUGAGGUCGCACUGAUCUGUCUCUGUUUGACUGAGGAGUUUUUACGCAAUAACAACAAAUCCUGGUGCCUGUGGCGAUGAUGAGUCCUUCAGUUAAAGUGAUGGUUCAGGUUAUUUGACGUGUUACUACUCACAAGCUCACCUGUGGCUCUAUAUUACUGCACAGAUCAGCUGUUUGAGUCAGACAGAGCUAAGUGUAGGUUCGCUUGUGUGUAGUAAUAUGGUAGUUCAACGGUUGAGAAAAUGUAGUUCCAAAGUAAAGGUCUGUUUUACAGCAGAUAAAGAGCUGAAAAUAUUCAAUAUAAAGCGACACCGUUUUUCCACCAACAUCAUCAGAUUUUUUAAACGCAGUUAAACCCUCUAAUAAAAGCUGAUUGACUCUUUUCCACUGUCAGUCCAGUUUGUCUAUCUGUUCAGACCGAGGACAAACACAACUGUCAGAGUCUUUAUUUGAGACGCUUCCAUCAGAGAUGGUGUUUUUAAAACUUAUUUCAGAGCUGCAGCUUCACUCUUUAAUUCUGGAGCUCAGUGUAGCAGCCAUGUUUCUGGUUUAUAAGGUGGACAGGUGACAGGUGUGUUACAGUGUCUGUGUCUGAAAGACAUCACAGCAUGAGAAGGGGAGAAAGUUAAUGAGUUCACCUGGUGUUGAGUUUACAUCAUUGCUGAUUAGUAAUCAGCAAUGAUUACUAAUCAUUGCGUCUCCAGCUUGAACAAAAGGUAUAGAGACGUCCACUGCAGAGUCAUGUGACCCAGGUGUGAAUGAAGGCUGAUCCUUUUCCAUUGCUGACAACAACCUGAUGUUAACAGGUCUCAGCAGGUUUUCAGACCACAGGAAAAUGAGCUUUAGUCUGCUAUUAGCGUUUUUCUGUGGGUAUUUUUUAAAGUGGCUAAAACAUGUUUUUGGCGAAUGACCCCAUCCACAGCAGCUCAUCACUCAGCUUCUCUAAACUGGGAUCUGAAUCUACUGCAGCUAACACAGACUGUAGAUCAGUAUCUCACACAACCCCAUGUAAAUAACCUGAACUGUCAUGUUAAGGACAGUCCAUCUCUGUGUGACAGACACUCCUCAGUGAAGGACUAAACAGGCAGCGGAUCAUUUUGACCACAUGAUCACAGACAGGUCAUGAUGUCACACAUCACUUCCUGUAAUCAGCAGACACAGAGAGGAAAACCAUUCAUUCCACUUGAUGGUUUAUUUAAACCCACGAGAAAACAUGCUUCAGAGAUGUGUCUGUUCAUCCUCUUUCCUCCAAUAUGACAUGAACACAUUCACAUUUCUCACUCACACUGAAAAACAAUACCUAUGAAACAGCAAAUAAAGUUUUCUCUGAUGGGAGGCAGGUUUGUCUUCUGCUUAUUGAAAUGAAUGUAAUUCCUGUGUUGUUUUAAGUGAUAUAACAUGAUGUGGAAGGGGAAACCCUACUAACAGUUUGUCUUGACUGAGUCAUGUCGUUCAUUUGUCUUGAUCAGACUUGUCCCGCACGUUUUGUGUUUGUUUUUGCUUCCUGCACCUCCCACAGUGCUGAAAAGUGUGGACACUGUGCAGCAAAUAAAUGUGAACACUCCCAUCCAAACUGCCUUAAGACGAUGGGAAGGCACUGCUCUGGCCGUCUGCUGCAAACCAGAGAAUGUGCUCUUUACAACACAGUGUCACCACAUAUGGCAUGCAAGACUUUUAACUCCUUCUAAUAAGGUGCGUGUGUUUGUGUGAUUUAGGUUCCUGGAUUUCCAAUGUUUUGUCUGUUAAAACUAAAGUGUCUUCAGUCUUUGUGCUGCAUGUGCUACAGCUGUAGCCUGUCCUGCUGGACAUGUAUGUGUGUAAACAACAAUAUGAUUUUGCUCAGUCUGUUAACGUGAGAUGUGGAAUGCCAGGAUGUUUGUAUACAACUAGUAUGUUCUCUUACAUGCUUUUUCUUUACCAGCCAGGCCUCAGGAGUUUUUGUGAAAUGAGCACAAUGUUUGAAAAAGCACGUGUCCUCUCCUCUAAUCUUUUGCUCAUUUCACAAAUUUUAGAGGGUUUUCUGUUUAAAAAAUGUUUUCUUUUCUACUGCCGUUGUGAUUCUGUAAUACCUCAUCUUGUAUUAAUAUUAUUUUGUCAAAAUAUGUAUUGCCUGUUCCUUAAGUAUCCUGAAUGAACAAACUGUAUAGAAUUUAAUAAAAAAGUCUGAUUUAUUUGAA